GUGCUCAUACUUCUCUUACCGCUUUUUCCCCACCGGAUCUCGCCGACGCACCGUCAUCAUCGAAGAACCCGGCGUGUUCGACCAAAAAGAACCGAAGAACUCGGUGUCGGGCCACCCAGAAGGAAGCCAUGGAGCCCUCGAACCUUUCUCCGCUUCAAGAAGAGGGAUCCGAAGGACAAUCUCCUUCGGCUUUCUCUCCGGAUUCCAUCCCUCCUCGUCCCGCAUCUCAGAGUUCACUUGAAAAGUACGCGCCUUUAGAAUGGUCAAGUUAUUUCGACAAAGAAGAAUAUGUAACAAUUCCAGGAACAAAUAAUGUCUUCCAUAUUUGGAUGGCCGGAUCAGAAGGGCCAGUUGUUUUUUGCCUACAUGGAGGUGGCUAUUCAGGGCUUUCUUUUGCGUUGUCAGCUAGUAUAAUCAAGGAAAAGGCUCGGGUUGUUGCCAUGGACCUGCGAGGGCAUGGAAAGUCAUCCACUGACAAUGAUCUGGACUUAUCUAUUGAAACUCUACGCAAUGAUGUUUUGGCUGUUUUGAAGACAGCGUAUGGAAAUUCCCCUCCUGCGAUUAUACUUGUCGGCCACAGGUUUUCUUCUUCGAGUGUCAUGGGAGGUUCCGUGGCUGUGCAUGUAGCUGCAAUGAAAGCGAUGCCUAAUGUGCAUGGCCUUGUUGUUGUUGAUGUCGUUGAGGGAACAGCCAUGGCAUCAUUGAUCCAUAUGCAGAAAAUCCUGUCAAAUCGAAUGCAAUACUUUCUCACCAUGGAGAAAGCAGUUGAGUGGAGUGUCAGAGCAGGCCCAUUAAGAAAUGUUGAAUCUGCCUGUGUAUCCGUUCCAUCAACAUUAAAGUAUGAUGAUUCAAAGAAAUGUUUUACAUACCGUACUCCUCUUGAAGAAACAGAGAAAUACUGGAAAGGCUGGUAUGAGGGCCUCUCAGAGAAGUUCUUAUCAUGUCCAGUACCAAAGCUGUUACUAUUAGCAGGAACGGACAGACUAGACAGGCCUCUUACAAUUGGUCAAAUGCAAGGCAAGUUUCAAAUGGUGGUUGUCCGUCACACUGGACAUGCUAUACAGGAAGAUGUCCCCAAGGAAUUUGCUUCACUUAUAUUGAAUUUUAUCUCUCGCAAUCGCAUAGGCCCUCAUGGUGUUGAGAUACCAGGCCUCAUCCGACGACCACAGUAAUAGAAGACGAGACUUUAAGUUUUUCACCAGAGAUAACAUCACUGAGUUACAAAUUUUCACAGGGCAGUUGUUUGUGAACAUCGUUCCAUAUAAAAAGCUUUAUCAGAGAUGUACAAUGCAACAAAAAGGCUUUGGCUUCAAUUUCUUUACGCUCAUGGUGCUGUGAUUAAGCCCUGUAAAGAAUCUGUCACUACUUACCGCCCCCGGCAUUGGCUUCUGCUUGCAGAACUUAUUAGGAGUUUUCUGAAUUUAUAUAUCAUAAAUCCCGGAUUUGUAGGAAACACUUGCCGAAUCCAGAGACUGAAAACUCGAAGAACCUAUGAGAAGGUAUAUGUGUAUUUUGACAGAUCAAUUACAUCUUAUGAUGCUAAAUAUGCUAAUAAUGCAUAACCACGGCAAUUUGACAUCGCCAA